AUGAGCACGCAAACCGGCAGCGCCACGACGGCGUCACCAAAUGCUGCACUCGGCGAAGCACCAUCAGGAGCGACGGAUGCCGUGCUAAAGCCCUCGGAUCCCGUGCCCGAGGGCGCGCGGGAGGUCAAGGGCAUCGAGUUCAAUGACUACGCAGGCAAGAGCAUCACCGUGGAGGAGCUGGUCGCCGGCAUGGAGAACAUGGGGUUCCAGGCGACCUCGGUUGGACAGGCCGUCAGGGUCAUUGAGGGCAUGCGAACCUGGAAGGAUGCCGAAACGGGCGAAGGCACCACCAUAUUCCUUGGCUACACGUCCAAUCUCAUUUCCUCUGGCCUGCGCGAGACGCUACGCUAUCUCGUACAGCACAAGCACGUGUCGGCCAUUGUGACGACGGCCGGCGGCGUCGAGGAGGACUUUAUCAAAUGCCUGGCGCCAACCUACCUGGGCUCUUUCCAGACCUCGGGCGCCUCGCUCCGCGCCAAGGGAAUGAACCGCAUCGGGAACCUGGUUGUGCCGAACAGCAACUACUGCGCUUUCGAAGAUUGGGUCGUGCCGAUCCUGGACUCCAUGCUCGCCGAGCAGGAAGCUAGCCGCGACUCUGAGGAACCGAUCCACUGGACGCCCAGCAAGAUGAUCCACCGCCUCGGCAAGGAGAUUAACGACGAACGUUCCGUGUAUUACUGGGCGUGGAAGAACGACAUCCCCGUCUUCUGUCCAGCGUUGACCGACGGCUCGCUCGGAGACAUGCUGUAUUUCCAUACGUUCAAAGCGAGCCCGCAGCAGCUGCGGGUCGACAUUGUCGAAGACAUUCGCAAGAUCAACACCAUCGCGGUCAGGGCGAAGCGCAGCGGAAUCAUCAUUUUGGGCGGCGGCAUCGUAAAGCACCACAUCGCGAACGCGAACCUUAUGCGCAACGGAGCGGAGAGCGCAGUGUACAUCAACACGGCGCAAGAGUUUGACGGGAGCGACGCGGGGGCGCGGCCAGAUGAGGCUGUAAGCUGGGGCAAAAUCAAGGCGGACGGCGAUAGCGUCAAGGUGUACGCGGAGGCGACGGUCGUGUUCCCGCUGAUCGUGGCGGCGACGUUUGCGAAGCCGAGAAAAUAG